GGGUCAGCUGUGUGUGUUUACGCGGAGAUGCUCACAACAAAGGACGGAGCACCGAGGCACGGAGAGCCCGUGUCUGGAAACUCAGCGCCGGGGAGAGUCGCUGCUGCCGCGGCGGCCGUUCGUCGUGCCCUCGCUCCGGGAAGAGGAGGACGCUGAACACGGUGGAACCCUCAAUGGCGUCAGGGUUCGAUCCCCAGGUUUAGUUCUGUGAGGAGCUGGUGAACCGGGCUUCAGGGAAGAGGCGGAUCCGUGUGUGUGUGGGUCCAGGAGCCGGUGCAGCGUUAGCUUAGCCCGCUAGCCUCAGCAAGUUGUGGACGGAGCCCGGACCCGGACCCGGACGAGAGGAGCCGAGGAGCCGCAGAGCCGAGCCCCGGAGACACGUCCUCCGGAUCUCAGGCACGACAACCGCCGCGAGAGACCGACACAUGAAGCAUGAGAGGCUGGAGCUGAGGCUCAGCUGACCCUUCCCCUUCCUCCUCCUCCUCCUCUUCCUCCUCUUCACCCCUGGACCAUUCGAUCAGCACCUCCCUCCCUCGCCCUCCUCUCCCCGUCCUAUCUCCCGUCAACCUGUCGGAUCUCACCCGCCUCUCCUCCCCUCCUCCUCCAAGCCUCCAUCAGCCGUGCCCAAUGUACUCACCGGAGCAGGAAAACAUCUCCACCACCACCUCCACCAAAGUGCCAGCGAAGUAUGGAGAGCUCAUUGUGCUGGGGUACAAUGGCUCUCUGCCCAACGGGGACCGAGGUCGACGUAAAAGCCGUUUUGCACUUUGUAAGCGACCGAAGGCGAACGGGGUGAAACCCAGCACAGUCCACGUCGCCUGCUCUCCACAGGCAGCCAAGGCCAUUAGCAACAAAGACCAGCACAGCAUCUCCUACACUCUGUCUCGAGUGCAGACGGUGGUGGUGGAGUACACCCACGACCCCAACACAGACAUGUUCCAGAUCGGUCGAUCGACGGAGAGUCCCAUCGACUUCGUGGUGACGGACACGGUGGCCGGCAGCCAGAGCAACGCAGACACCCAGUCGGUGCAGAGCACCAUCUCCCGCUUCGCCUGCCGCAUCAUGUGCCAGCGCACGCCGCCUUACACCGCGCGCAUCUACGCAGCAGGGUUCGAUUCCUCCAAGAACAUCUUCCUGGGGGAGAAAGCUGCUAAGUGGAAGACGGCUGACAGCCAGAUGGACGGGCUGACCACGAACGGCGUGCUGGUGAUGCAUCCUCGACACGGCUUCACCCAGGACUCCAAGCCGGGCGUGUGGAGGGAGAUCUCCGUCUGCGGCAACGUCUUCACCCUGAGAGAAACCCGCUCAGCCCAGCAGCGGGGGAAGAUGGUGGACACUGAGAGUCAGGAGCUGGUGGACGGCUCGCUCAUCGACCUCUGCGGUGCGACGCUGCUGUGGCGCACGGCUGAAGGCCUGGCCCGCACCCCCACCCUGAAGCACCUGGAGGCCCUGAGGCAGGAGAUCAACGCGGCGCGCCCGCAGUGUCCCGUGGGCUUCAACACGCUGGCCUUCCCCUCCAUGCGCCGCAAGGACACGCCGGACGAGAAGCAGCCGUGGGUCUACCUCCACUGCGGCCACGUGCACGGCUACCACAACUGGGGCAACCACCGCCUGGAGAGGGAGGGGCGGGAGGGCCGGCACAGGGAGUGUCCCAUGUGCCGGACCAAGGGCCCCUACGUGCCGCUGUGGCUGGGCUGCGAGGCGGGCUUCUACGUGGACGCCGCCCCCCCCACUCACGCCUUCAACCCCUGCGGCCAUGUUUGCUCGGAGAAGACGGCGGCCUUCUGGAGUCAGAUCCCUCUGCCGCACGGCACGCACACCUUCCACGCCGCCUGCCCCUUCUGCGCCCAGCAGCUGACGGGGGAGCAGGGCUACGCCAGACUCAUCUUCCAGGGCCCGCUCGACUAGACGCCCAGCGGGGGGGCGCUCGGGCCGAAAACAGGGACCUGCUCGGAUUUGUUUUCUUUCCUCUGCGGUUAAGACACAAACUUUUUUCUGGACUUUUUUGUCUCUCUCUCAUUUUUAAGUGACCUUUGUAUUACUUUUUCAUGAAUGACGACAAAGAUUUCUAUAUUUUCACAUGAAACCAGAGACACAAAAACCAAACAAAGAACUGCUGGGUCAAACCCUCUCGGAAAAAUGAACUUUUAACAACAGUAUUUAUCGAAAUAACUAACGUGCGGUUUUUAUUCAUGUUUAUUGUUGCAAUAUCCAUCUGUGUACAUCUCUUAGAGCUAAUUUAAACAAAGAUGUUUAUUUAUGGUCCGUCGCUUCGUUCUUUAUCCGUCAGAUAAACGUCUACGCAUUUUAUUUUGAAACUUCAGCCUUUUGUUGGAUAUAAAGUUGUUGGUGUGUUCUGAGAGUUCCUUGUGCGUCCACCUCUCAGAUCUGUUUGUGGUAUUUAAACACAGCCUCCUCCUCUGGUGUGUGUCUGUGUGUGUGAGUCCACUCUCCAGUUGCACGUCUCUCCCAUCAGGCGUCACAUUCAAAGCAAUAGAUUUGGAACAGAAAACCUCCUGAAGCAUUAUGGGAAACUGAGUCUUCAGACAUCCCUCCCUUUAAAGUGCGAGUGAAACGUUUUCUGAGGGUGAGUGAGCUUCUUCUUUUUUUUACAGCAGCUAUGUAGCCAACGUCACACAGACUGUAAAUAAAACAAACAUCAGUUUGAAACGAAAAAAAUAACACAAACCUUCUUUUAUAGUUUAAUGAACAUUUACUCUGACCUUUUUAGUUCUGGGUUUUAUGAGCUGUACUGCAGCCAGCCACCAGGGGGCGGUCAUGGUGAUUUUGCUUCAUUUUAAGGGAGCUGUGUCAUCUUUAUACACAGUCUAUGCAGACACACACACACACACACACACACUCACACACACUCUAUAACCAGACCCUGUCAAAUACAUUUUAUUAUAUUAAAGGUUGAAAAGGAAUUUACUCAUAAGGAAACUCAAAGUACUCAAAUUAUUUAUACCUCAAAUAUCAGAACCCCACAACAACCUCCUGACUGUUCUGACAGAAAAUAAAGUAACACAAGUUUUCAGAAUCGUGAAAUGCUCCGUGUCAGUAAUAAUUAGAGGUUUUAUUUUGAAAAGCUCAGAUUACCUGCACUAUCUAGUGUUUCUAUCAGCUGUGAUUUGUUGUUUUGUGUGUUUUGAUCUCGUUCACAUGAAACAAUCGAGCAAAGAAACACAAACACUUCAAGUCACCGAACUCUACCUUUAUGGACGUGUGUGUUCACAUCAGGACUUUCUAUCCAUCCAAAGUAAAGAUCCGUCGUAAUGAAAACACAAUUUAUUUAUUUAUUAUAAAAAGCUGUUGAAGUGUUUUCCUGACACGAUGAAUUAAAGAUGAAUCUGGUUCAAGUGUUAAAUAAAACCCUGAAUUCAUCAGUUUGAGACUUCAGCUCUAAAUUCUCCACAACUCGUUAAUAUGCACGAAGCUCCUGCUGGUAUCCUGAGUGAGUGUGUGUGUCUGUGUGUGUGAGAGAGAGUGUGUGAGUGUUAUUUAUGUGUUCAUGAUGAUUGUAUGUGAACAGUUUGUGUGUUGGUCCGUUCACACACUUUUUCUCCACACACACACACAGCUCAUCAGUGUCCCUCAGUGCUCGGACUGCAACACACUAACUUACCUCAGGAAGAAAAGCAAUGACCUGUGUCACACACACACACACACACACAGACACAGACACACACUCUUCUAACGUCUUCUGAGGAAACCUCACAGAUGAAAACUCUUUUGUCUUUCGUCUCCUCUUGUCUUUUGUCCAUGUUUGUGUGUAAGGGCUUCACUCUCUCACUCUGUGCCGUGUUUACACCAACACACCCCCCCCCCCACACUCUUCUUCUUCUUCUGUCUGGCGUCUGUCUCCUCGAGCUUAUUAAGGCAAAAAGCAAAGAAUGUUUCCAGCGAACACGUUUUUGUAACAACUUUAAACAAUAAAGUGUAAAAGUGACUUCA